AUGGCGGGCGAUUUUAAUGAACCUCUUGUGCAAGAGGAUAAAUUUGGAGGCAGGGGUGUUAGUGUGAAUCGGUCUCUGGCCUUUAAAGAUUGCUUAGAUUUAUGCAAUAUGGUUGAUAUGGGUUUUAAUGGGCCAAGGUAUACCUGGACUAACAAACGGGAUAUUAACAAUCUCACUUUGGAAAGAAUUGAUAGAUUUUUCAUGAGCCCGGAGUGGUGUGUUCUCUAUCCUGAUGCAAAAGUUUCUCAUCUACCUCGUUGCCAUUCUGAUCAUUGCCCGGUUCUAAUGGAGACCGUUCCGGUUUCCAGUGCCUGGAGUAGGGACAAGAACUUAGCUGAGUCUAUUAAGGUUUUUUCUAAGGAAGCUACCAUCUGGAACAGGGAUCAUUUUGGGAAUAUCCACCAGAAGAAGAGGAGAAUCAUGGCUAGAAUCUAUGGUGCCCAAAAAGCUCUCUCCAUCUGUCCAAGCUCCUCCCUCAUUAAUCUUGAGAAUCAGCUGCAGCAGGAUCUGGAGGUUGUGUUAGACCAGGAGAGGGAUCUUUGGAUGUUGAAAUCCAGAAUUAACUAG